GGAAAUGUAGGCGAAAGAUGCGGCCGGAGCGUCUGCACUUUGGUGUGCGGCUGGUUGAGCAGCUUUUAUCAUGUUAACUCUGGAUGCGGUGUAUAUAUGGCAUGUAACAAGAGCCGGAUAAUUCACUUCAAAGCUCCUCGUAAGGACACAAAGCAGAACCAAAAUGGCUGGAGAAAACGUGAGUUUAUUCUUCAAACUGUACUGCCUGAGUGUGAUGACACUGGUGGCAGCUACAUACACGGUGGCGUUACGAUACACAAGGACCAUUUCUACAGGAGACCUGUAUUUCUCCACCACUGCCGUGUGCCUCACCGAGGUCAUUAAAUUAAUCCUGAGUCUGGGGAUGCUGGCCAAAGAAUCAGGCAGCUUCAUCAGACUGAAGAGCACCAUCGUGGAAAACAUCUUCAGCCCCACAGAGCUGCUGAAACUGAGCGUGCCCUCGGUGGUGUAUGCGAUUCAGAACAACAUGGCCUUUGUUGCACUGAGCAACCUUGAUGCAGCUGUGUAUCAGGUGACUUAUCAGCUGAAGAUCCCGUGCACGGCUCUGUGCAUGGUCCUCAUGCUGAACCGCACUCUCAACCGCUUGCAGUGGUUCUCCGUUUUCAUGCUCUGCUGUGGCGUCAUCCUCGUCCAGUGGACGCCUGCAGAGGCCACUAAAGUUCAGAUUGAGCAGAAUCCCAUUGUUGGGUUUGUUGCCGUUGCUGUUGCCGUCCUCUGCUCUGGAUUUGCAGGUGUGUACUUUGAGAAAGUACUGAAGAGCUCCGAUACAUCUCUGUGGGUGAGAAACAUCCAGAUGUACCUGUCUGGCAUCGUGAUCACCCUGGCUGGUGUUUACAUGAACGAUGGAGAAAAAGUCCUGGAGAAAGGCUUUUUCUUUGGUUACACACCGUGGGUGUGCUUCGUAGUAUUCCUGGCCAGCGUUGGAGGUCUUUACACGUCAGUGGUGGUGAAGUACACAGAUAAUAUCAUGAAGGGCUUCUCUGCUGCUUUGGCUAUUGUUCUGUCAACAGUAGCAUCCGUCAUGUUGUUUGGACUGCAGAUAACAAUCACAUUUGCCUCCGGAGCUCUGCUUGUGUGCAUUUCCAUUUAUCUAUACGGACUUCCAAAGCAAGACACGUCCAAACUGAGUUGGCAAGACAAGAACACGGACACAGAAUCCAAACAAAAACUGAUCAACGUGUGAGUCACAAACUCGCAGCAAAAAAAAAAAAAACCAGAGUCUCGAGCGGCAGGACCAGGUCUCUUCUGAGUCUCCUGCAGGACUUGAUGGCAGACACUAGCUGGCUCAGCUGGGUUUGGUUCACGACAAAGACCAGUUUUGGUUUGUUACAAUAGAUCUGCUCCUCCCUCCACCCACAUGAUUGACAGCGCUGUGGAUUAACCGAACAAUCUCUCAAGAUUAUAGUUUUAGUCAAUGAAAAGUGGCCACUUACUUGUAUGAUUUUUAAAAUUUGUAAAUAAUCUAAGGCAAACGGUCAAGUCCGGUAAAUCAUCUUUAGUGUUUAGGACUCCGU